AUGACUCAGACCAACGCCGGAGCCGGAACCGGAGCUGUUUCAACGGCCGAGCCACCACCACAAGCACAGGCUCCGAACAACGAGAUGGUUUUGCACACCGGAAGCUUGAGUUUUAGUAGCCAUAUGUCGAGAGAAGACGAAGAGAUGACUCGUUCUGCACUCUCUGCUUUUAGAGCUAAAGAAGAUGAGAUUGAGAAGAGGAGGAUGGAAGUUCGUGAACGGAUCCAAGCUCAGUUGGGUCGUGUCGAGGAAGAAACCAAACGCCUCUCCACCAUUCGCGAGGAGCUUGAAUCUAUGGCAGAUCCUAUGCGGAAGGAAGUUUCUGCGGUUCGUAAGAAGAUUGAUAGUGUUAACAAAGAACUCAAACCUUUAGGUUCUACUGUUCAAAAGAAGGAAAGGGAAUACAAAGAAGCACUUGAUUCAUUCAACGAUAAGAACAGGGAGAAAGUACAGCUGAUCACCAAACUCAUGGAGAUGGAACAGUUGGUAGGGGAAAGCGAGAAGCUGAGGAUGACGAAGCUAGAGGAGCUGAGCAAGAACAUAGAAACCGCGUGA